CCGAAUCUUUUCUCCCGCCCACACAGCCUGACGGCUCAUUGCGCAUGCGCGCGCGGUUGCUGGCGCAGAGAGCUUAUUAUUAUUAUUCCCUGAAACGGAUCCGUUCCUGUUCCGAGCGGUUCUGUUUGGGUUGGUGAGCGGGGGCGGGCGCGCGCCUUGUGUUCCGGCGGUGAUGUAAGGUGAGAGCCCGUUAGAGAGGAAGAUGGCGGAGGGGGAUCUGUCCCCGGGGCUGCCGCGGUGCCGCUCCGGUUCCGACUCGGACGGAGAGCUGUGGCUCAGUCUAGCGCGGGCCAAAACGCGCUCGUACGGCAGCACGGCCAGCGUGACGGCGACGCUCGGGGAGCGAUACACCGAGCACCGGGUGGCGGACGGAGACACGCUGCAGGGCAUCGCGCUCAGAUACGGGGUCACGAUGGAGCAGAUCAAACGUGCGAACAAGCUCUUCAGUAACGACUGCAUUUUCCUGCGCCACAGCCUGAACAUCCCGGUGCACACGGAGCGGCCGUCUCUCUUUAACGGACUGUCUCUGGAGUCACCGGACGGAGACGACUCGGCCCCUCAGGAAUCUCCUCAUGUCUCCUCUGUACCCUCCACCUCCCCCUCACCCCUCACUCCUCCUCCCCCUCCUACUCAGGCCCCCCCGGAGUCGACCCCGCGGCCCCCCCAGCCGGAUGAGCUCUCUGCUAAGGACUAUUUACACAUGCUGGACUUGCAGAUCACUCGCUCCAAACAGGCCGCCAGGAGACUCAAAGAGGACGAGACGAGACGGGCGUGUCAGCCAAAUGGGACAGAGAGCAGAUUCUUAAUCCAGGAUUGGAGGAUGAAGAUCAGACACAUGAGACGUCGUCUUAUCAGGAGAUAUAACACACGUCUGAUCACAUGUAUCGAAAGCUCAGACGAUCGUAUCACUCCAUCCUUCCGUCCCUUUAUCCUCACCCUUUAUCUGUUAGUCUGUCUAUAUUUUCUUUAAAUCUUGCUUUUAUUGGUCUGUGAAGAAAAUCAGGACUCGUCACCUUCACUGCCUUUCUAUUAUUAUUAUUAUUAUUUGUUGCUGUUUACAUUCAGCUGUGUGUGACAUUAAAGGGGUAAUCUGUAGCUCAGAGCCCUGAUACGACGAUAAAAUGAACCAAACACUCAUUUAUCCGUUACGUCUUUUUAAAAGCUGCUGUACAGAACCGAGAUGCAAUCGACCAAACAGACGCGGUUAUUCAAAUCUCUAUUAAUAUCUGAAGUGUGUUUGAGUUGCUGUUUGCUCAAUAAGACUAUACAGCCGUGUGUGUGUGUGUGUGGCUGCUUGCUAACCUUUUAAUUUGUUUUUAUUUUAUCUGUACAGGACUCUUAUGUAUGUUUUUGCAGUGUGAAGGUGAAUUUAAAUGAUGUUGCUACUAUUGUGUGCUUUUCGAUUUUAAAAAGAAAUCCUAAUAAACAUAUCAGUAAAUCAA